UCUGAAUUUAAUCCCUAUCGUCUAAAAACUAUUUUGAUGUUUUCGCUAAGCAUGUUGUGUUAUUUGGUGCAGGUAGUAGCGGUAGCGGUGGCGGGUGGCGCGCUGGUGCGCGAGUGCGGCGGAUGGUGGCGGGAUGAGCGGCGGCGCGCUGGCGCUGACCGCCCUGUCCGGGCCGCCGCUGUCCGCCGCCGAGGCGCUCUCCUCGCUGCUAUGGCAGCCGUACGAGUGUCGCUCGCCGCCCCUCGCGCGCUCCCGUACCGACGGAGCCCUAGCCGAGAGAGGGGGCGCUCAGUCGCCGAGCGGCGGUCGUCAUGCGCGCGCGCCACUCUCGAUACCCCGCCACGAGAUGCGGCUGCCCGUUCCGGCCGAGGCGGUCUCGGUACGAGUCCCGGCCGAGGAUGUCGUGUCAAGUGUGAUAGUGCAAGUGCAGGAUGCGCCUGUCAGUUGUAAUGUAAACAGUGCGGUGCAGACGGAACGGGAGAGGAGUGUUGCUAGCGCGGAGUGCCAGACUGAGGAGCCUGCGCGACGACGCCGCACGAGGCGCGCGCGGGCGCCGCGGGUGCCGGAACUGCUGGAGAGCGUGCCUCCUCCCCCAUAUAGCACGCUGCCCCCACCGCAGCUGCCGCCACCCCCGGCGCACCCGCUGCCGCUGCCGGUGCCGGUGCCGCCGGCACCGAUCAUCGCGCCACAUCCCCCUGCGCAUAGGUUCCCCUUCCAGCCCAUCCCACUCAGAUCGGGCAGAGGCGCAGCGUACGCAUGUUCCGAAGGCGAAGGCAACGCUCCCAAGUCGUGCUGCGGCCGUCCUCCUCUCCGGCUAUGCGUGCUCUUCCUCGGCGUCGUCGGCGCAUGCUUGGUCGCCGCCGGCGCGGUACUCGGCGCCCUGAGGCCGCAUCCUAAAGCGCCGCUCACAUUACUACUACUAAUGAUAGGUAUAGGAGUCGUGCUAGUAACAGCAGCAGGGCUAGCAUGGCGGCUGGGUGCGCGCGACGCGCCGUGUGCGCUGCUCGGGCUGCGCCGCACCUCGUGUAGAAGGCUUGUACCCAGACUACCGCCAAGCUACGCUCGACCGCACCACCCGUACGCGGCCAUGCUAUAUCCAGAGUUCCACUAUAGGCCGCCGCCGCCGACGUAUCAGGCGUCUAUGCAAGAGUAUAGACUCAGGUUACUUCUCUUGGACAGAAGUGCGCCCGCGGUGUCGCCGCCCCCCACGUACAGAUCAAAUUCAGCUAGUCUAGUCAGAGGGUCCACUGGCGCUGCGUGGUGCGGCUCCGAGUACAGCGGCCCGCCCUCGUACCGCGCGCCCCGCGCCGACCCCCCCGUCACCACUGACGUCCUUCCUCUCUCCCCGCACGACCUCAAGUACGCCGAAGACGCCCUAGAACUACCCAAAACCGAGCAAGAAAAAGACCGCGACGAACAUCUGGUCACGAUAGUACACACGGACGCCCAACCGGUGAUCGUCACUGUAUCGGGAUCGACAGCUCUCAAUGAUACGCACAUACAACCUCCGACCGAAAUCGAUAUAUUGGCACAUUUAUAACGAACCACUAGUGCCGCGUGUGAUUCGAUGUGAACUAAGUGGACAUAAAGCGAAAAGUGAUCGUUGUGCCUCUGUGUAGGUACAUUUUCUGUUUUGUAAUUUUAAGCAAAUCAGAGUCUAGGCCACGUUUGAAAAGCUUUGUAUACUUUGAAAUGGUUUUGUAUUUUGAAAUAACAAUUAUUUAUUUCGUUUAACCUCUCGUGUGCCGCGAUUUUUAAUAGUUUCCUCGUACACAGAUCCUCGUUCGGGCAUACGAGCGCUUAAAUACAUUAUGCGUUUGAAACGUAGGCCAACUAUACUCAAGAGUCAAAACGUUGCCAGACUUAUUUUGUGUUUGUUAUCAUAUCAAAGUUGGAGGACAUAUUUUCAAUAAUAAUAUAAAGCAUUGAUAUUAUACAGCAUGGUAAGCUAACCAAUAUAAUAGGCGUAUUUGAUAACAUUAUAAAAACAGUCCCUUGCACCGAUAAGUCUGCGAGUUUGCAUUCUACAUAUAAUGAUUUCACGUACCUUUAUGUAGAUAAGUUUUGUGUAAAUAUUUUAAAAGUACGACGAAUGUCUGUUAGUUUAAUUAAGGUAAAUUUAUUACCUCAAGGAUCAUAUUUCAAUCUCAAGUCAAGGAGCUACAUCAUAAUAUAGGUAUAAUUGCCUGCCUGGAGAUUGAAAAAUCAACCUUAAACCAUGUGCCGUGUAAAUAAAAUGAUAGAUACAAAUAAUUAGAGCUAAUUGUUCAAACAAAGAUCAAUUAAUUAUUUAAACCAAAUCCUUUGCUGUAAUGUACAAGAUUGAAUACAGUGUUAUUUUAUAAUCGUGCCAAUGGUUUUCCUACGUUUAAUGUAAAUAUGUAUUCAUAAAUAAUUUAUAAUCCAGAUCUCGACUAACUAAGCCAAAUGAGUGACAUAUUGUUUUUGAAAGUCAUCUAGGUAAUCUUAUCUUUUCCUGGUCGAUGUUUCCGGUUGCAUGUUAAAGAAUUUGGGGAAGCCCGGCUGUUAUCUAACCUUCCAAACCAGACGAAUUUUCUUUAAUACUGCCUAUUUCUUAAUACUGUUUUCUUUCAUCAAGUCAUUUGGGAGCCUAUUCCACAAUUUAUUAAGAGUCAACAUAAUUAGAUUCACUCUAUUGAUUUAAACACAAUAAUAACAUUUCAACAGCAUGAUAUUCUGAUAAGUCGAAUUUGGCCCCUGAUAUGUAUAGGUAUUUAUACCAGGGGACAAUAUUCGACUUAUCAGAAUAUCAUCAUUGCAUUGGUGCGGUAUACAUAUAGGUAUAUAUAUCAAUAAAUAAUGAUGUUCCAUACACAAAGGGGGAAGGAUGUAUUCUACAUUAAAUAUCUAGUUUUUUUUUUUCAUAACAUAUAAACCUCGUACAUCUUGCUCCAUUUAUUACCGUUACCUUUUGUAUUAAGCCCGCCCGAGCGCGGGAUUACGUACUCUACGAGAUCAACGGAAGCAAUAUGUUACUAUAUUGGUUGCGACAAUGAGUUCGUCUUAAAAUAUGUAUUAUCCCAAACAUAAUGUAAUAAAUUUAUUUGGUUCCUGAGCGCCUUUUUUUUCUUUAAAUUUGAAAGACUCAAAAUUGCUAAGAUACCAGUAAAGAUUUAUUUUAAGUAGGCAUUGACUUGUACCAUUAAUUUUAUUAUUUAAUCAAUCACUGUACCUACUGUUACUGUUAAUAAAUUGUAACGUAAUAAAUAAAUAAUUAUUGUAUCGUUAGGAUGCUGUACAUAAAGUUAUUUGUAUUAUAAGAAAUAAAUAAAGAUCUUUAGUGAAUGAAA